UGUCGCAUGGCUUUAAUGGUGACUAUCGGAGGAAGAGGGACUCCUGUCUCUGUCCAUUACUCUCUCCUCCACAAACCCAAUUUUCAACACUUCCCAAUUCUUCCCCCACCCAUUAAUUUGCCUCUCUGAUCUCAUCAGCAUAUGUGUAGAACCAAAAUGGCGGUGAACGCAGAUGAACCCAGUAGCACAAGGAGGAGGAGUUCUAGAACCACCACCAUGGCAACUCCAACUCGAACAUCCAGUAAAUCUCAAACAGGUCGCUAUCCCUCGUCGACUAAUCUUACAAGCACUAGCUACAGCUAUGGCGAUGGCACUGGUACUGGUACUGGCUCCAGUUAUAGGCUCGAUAGCUCAAUUGCAACCGCUGAAGCUUCGGUUUCCACCCGAACAUCGCUCUCCAGCCUCCGUAAUUCGUUGCCGGAAGACACUCAUAUCUACGAUGUUUCAGAGAUUCGUUCCGCUACUAAUAAUUUUCUAGCAAAACGGUUUUCCUCUUCUUCUUCGUCGCCGUCGUGGCGGUGUUCUCUACGCGGCAAGGAGGUGGUGGUCUUUCAAAGGAAGUUUCGCCGUCCGAUAAAGGAUUCUGAAUUGAGAGAGAAGUUAUCUGUUAUAUACAGAAGCCAUCACAUGAGUAUAAUUAAGCUACUUGGAGCGUCGAUUUCAGGCGAUUACAUUUACCUAGCUUACGACUUCAUGCCCGGCGGGAACCUAGCUGAUUGUUUGCGUAAUAAGAGAAAUCCUGAUUUUACUGUGUUAUCCACCUGGAUGUCACGGAUGCAAAUCGCGACGGAUUUAGCCUCUGGUUUGGAUUAUAUUCACAAUAAUGCCGGCUUAAAAAUCAAUUUAGUACAUAAAUAUGUGAAAUCCAGUAGCGUGAUUGUGACGGAGCCAUCGUUCAACGCCAAGAUCUGCCACUUUGGCACGGCGGAGUUGUGCGGAGAGACGGUGAUCGAGCCAAAAUUUGUAAAAGAGGAGAAAAUCGGCCACGAGAUCAGUGAGGUAGUUUCGCCGGAAUCCUCACCGCCAAAGAAUUUAACGAGAUCGGACAGUCGAGCUAUGCGAUUCGAAGGAACUAAAGGAUACAUGGGGCCAGAGUUCCGUGGUCUGGCAACACAGAAAUCCGACGUAUACGCAUUCGGCGUUGUGAUUUUGGAGUUGUUAUCAGGUGAAGAGCCCGUAAGGUACAAGUACGAUAAAGAAAAGGGGAAUCAUAUUAAGAUUUUGGUUGUGGACACGGCGAGACAUGCGGUGGAAGGCGGUGGCAAAGACGAGUCGGAGAUCGAGGGGAGACUGAGACAAUGGGUGGAUAGGCGGCUGAAGGAUUCGUUUCCGGUGGCGGUGGCGGAGAAGUUGACCCGAAUAGCGUUGGAUUGCGUGGAUAAUGAUCCGAAUAAGAGGCCCAAUAUGAGCCGCGUAGCUGGUAAGAUCUCAAAGCUCUAUUUGGAUUCCAGAAAGUGGGCGGACACCAUUCAGAUUCCUUCCGAUUUUACGUCUUCUUUUGCCCCAAGGUGAUGAUGAUUCAUUGUUCCCCAUUUCAAAUUUCAGAUUAUCAUUCCAUUUUGUUAACAUUAAAA